AUGACCCCUCAGCCGUCCCCGAAGCACGCUACCACCACAACUGCUAGCACGACUUCUCCGCCCCGUCGAGGGACAGACACCCGGUUGGUUGUCGACUUCACCCCCCAGCCGGCCGUCGACAAAAAUUCGGCCAUAGCCUUCGUCGCGCCGCUCUGCGUCUCCGACUUGUGUCAUCUGACGCUGGCGCUCGCUUCUCCGACUCUCUCGCGUACCGUCUGCAUUUCGGCGUAG